UUGAGGGAGAGAGUGAAGCAAGAGGAACUGUCUGAGAAAGAAGAGAGAGGAAAGACAGAGAGACUGGGGGGUUCUAAUCACUGGCCUCAUGUUGCAGGAGCUCAUUUGACAACAGAAGUCUUGGCAGAAGAAUGCUCUUUCCCUCAGGCCAGCUGGCUGUGAGCGCAGGGAGAUGGAUGUCCCCUAAGUGUGGAUACCAUGCUGGUUCACUCCCUAUCUUUCUUUAUCUUCUUCAGCUUUUAGGCACUGGAGCAUCUUGGCCCAAUGUAUUUAGGUCGCAGGAGGAUAAAUGUCCCGGCCCACAGUGGAACGCCAUGUGCCGUACCUGCUGUGAGUAUGAGCAGAUUUCAUGUAAAUGCCCAUCUCAGGGAACGAAAGUGGGCUACGCCGUACCCUGCUGUCGAAACGUUUUGGAUGAGUGUGACCCCUGCAUCCUUCACCAGGGCUGCAACAUUUUUGAUAACUGCAAGACUUGCAACAAUGGCACCUGGCAGGCCAAGGAUGAUUUCUACAUUCGAGGCAGGUACUGCACAUCGUGUCGUCGAGGGUGGUCUGGUGGAGACUGUCUCACAUGUGGAGAAGUUAUACAGAGACCACAUGGUCAUGUGACUUUAGAAAGUUAUCCAAUCAAUGCCAAAUGUGAAUGGACACUACAGGUUGGCCAAGGAGCAACAAUGGAACUCAGGAUUUCAACGAUUAGCCUGGAAUCUGACCACAGUUGUCAAUAUGACUAUGUAGAGGUGCGGGAUGGGGACAGUCCAAAGUCGCCUGUGAUUGGCAGAUACUGUGGGGAUGAAAGCCCUUUACCAAUCAGAAGUUCUGGAAACUCUCUGCAUAUCCGUUUUGUGUCAGAUGGCUACAAUAACUAUGAUGGGUUUUUUGGUACUUUCCAGGAAGUCUCAGGUAAAGCACCACCUCUCUGUGCAACCCCCAAGAAGCCAACACAAGGAGAUCUCUUUCUGCGGUACAAGGAAGGUGACAUCCUCACCUCGGUUCAAUAUCUGUGCUAUAAACCAUACAAGCUCAAGGGAGCUUCUCAGCGGGCAUGCCUUCCCAAUGGCACUUGGAGUGGUAGCGCUCCUGUAUGCAUAAAGGAAGUGACCAUAAAAGCCUGUCCACCUCCUCCAACACAAUUCCACAAUGGAUACGUCACUGAGGUUUCAGGCUCUGAUGGCAGAAUUAAAUAUGUUGAAUUUUUCUGCAACAAUACAUAUAUUCUCAGCGGAGACUCAAAAAGAACAUGCCAGAAGAAUGGGACCUGGAGUGGCAGUCAGCCCCUGUGUGUCAGAGCUUGUAGAGAACCUAAAGUUUCUAAACUUGUGCAGCAGAAGGUCUCGAAGAUCCAACCUCCUUCAAGGAAAAGUCCAGUCCACAAGCUGUACUCUGCAUCUAGUCAGGGAGGGACUGAAGCAGACACACUGGAGAAAGCCUUUUCUGUUUUUGGAGAUUUGCCACCAACUUUCCACCAUGUGUACACCAGCAUAGAAUAUGAGUGUGUUUCAGCGCUUUACAAGCAUUCUGGUAGUGCACGCCGCACAUGUCUGAAGACUGGAAAGUGGAGUGGUCGCCAUUUCUCCUGUUCACCAGUAUGUGGUAAAUUGCCAGCUGCCAGUCCCCAGAAUUUCACAGAGAUUCACUGGCCAUGGCAUGCUGCCAUAUUUACCCGUCUGUACAAUGCCAGCCCUCUUAUGGCAAGGACCAAAAGACGGGGGGACACGUUUGCCAUAGAUGAGGAAGAGGAGGGAGAGGAAGAUAAAGAAUGGAUUAAGAAGGACCAGAGAUGGCAGCUGGUCUGCAGCGGGGCUCUGGUCAAUCAGCACUGGGUUGUGGUGGCUGCUCAUUGUGUGACAGAGCCUGGACAGACUGAAGCGCUCAGUACAGAUGAUCUAAAUGUAGUGAUGGGAAAACAUUACCUCAGUGACCUUAGCGAGAACAAGAGACUACAGCACAUACAGAUCUCUCAGAUCUUCAUCCAUCCGAACUACGAUCCACAUGUAUUAGACUCUGACCUGGCUGUACUGAAGCUAGUGGACAAAGCUCGAAUCAGUGAGUAUGUGUCCCCUGUGUGCCUGCCAUAUCGGCAGGGUGGAGAGGUCACUGCAAAGCAGGCCUUUCUCACCGGCUGGCCCGUAGCAGGCCAAGACAGGGCACACACAGACUCUGAGGCCGCCCGGACCGGACUGAUAGAAUUAGCAGAUGUGGUGAAGUGUGAAAGGCAAUUCAGUAUCUACGGGGUACCGAUCAGUAUGACUGACAACAUGCUAUGUGGACGCCAACAUCCACUCAGCCCGUCCAUGACCUGCCCUUCUGAAACCGGAGGGAUUAUUCUUUCACUCUCUGCUGAUUCUCAACCCACUUUAGGGCUGGAGCCUUUUCCCCCCAGCAGUAGAUCAGAAGAUGCUGAUUCUCAUCAUGCUUGGGAAUUGCUGGGGCUAGUGAGCUUCGGAUAUGAUCUUCAGGGCUGUAAUCCAGAUUUGUACACUAUCUACACACGGGUAGCAAACUUUAAGAACUGGAUCGAAAAGAACAUUACAUAGAGUUUUAGAUCAAAUAUUAUAGCAUGAUUUUCUGUAUAGCAUUUUUGGUCACACUUUAUUUUAAGGUAGGGAUAUGUAGAAAAUGGUCAUGCAGAAUAUGUUCUUUAUAAGUACUAUUAAACUGUCAAUAUGUUAAUAAUAGGCUUGCUAAUAAGCAAUUAGUAAAUAGUGAGAAUUGGUCCCUAUACUAAAGUGUUACCACAUUUUCCAUAUUCCAGAUCAUAAAAAAUGGAGAUGAUACAUGUUGCAUUGUCCUUUCAGAUAUUAUUUUUUAUUAUUAUUUAUCUUUUACAAAAAUCAUACAAAAAAUCAAAAGUUUAUUGAUGAGAGAAAGUGUGAAACUUGAGAUUUCCCAACUAGUUUAUGGCCUUGCGUGUAUAUGAGGAGAUGUUUUUGCAUGGUAAAAUGAAGAGAAAGCGUUCCAUGUGAAUUCAGUCACUGGGUUUGCAGGCCUUAGCUUGUCUCUGCUCUUGCUUCAAGAUGUUUCACAAUCCAAUUUGCUCAUACUUUUUACAUCAUCCAUAUGUAUUUACUUGUGCCUUUAGUGCAGCCCUUGUCGACUAAAACUGGGACAGUGUAUUUAUUUUUCAAAAUGCUUUUAAAUAAAUGAAAUUCAAGACACACAA